AUGCCGGUCCAGGACGACUUCGAGGACGAUGUCAACCGGAGGAGAGAGUAUGGCAAUCCACACAGCGGGAAGCAUCCAAUCCCAACCAUUCAGGGCUACAGGGAGCAUAGGAAAGAGAUGGGCGGCCAGGUACAGGAUGAGGAGCAAGCCCAGAGAGGACCCGAAGACGAGUCGACCACCAAGCGAGCCUUCCAUUCCGCCAAAGCCAUCAUUCAAGGCAAAGAUGACACGGCAGACUCGAAACACAACCCAUACCCAGCCACGAACCACAACUACGCCGAGCGCCCACCACACAACACGUCAGCCACUAACAUGGCCCGGGUGGACGAACCCGGACGAGAGGCGCAAGAGGCCGAUACGGGUGAGCAAGACAUUCCGGACCGAUACCAGCAGGAAGAUGAAAAGGAGUCGACGAACGGGAAGCAGGAGGGAAAAGGUCAGGACAAGACUGCGACAGAGGCUGUGGUGGGCGCAGUCGACCCCAAGGAGAAGCGCAAGGCAAUGAAGAAGACGAAGAGACAUGGUGGAGGAAGAGAAGUCACCGAUCCCAUCACCCAUCUACCAAUUACCAUACACGACCAGACCGACAAAGACCUCAAGUCAGCACCCGAGAAUGAGCCGGACCCAGGAACCCAGCACUACAGCGCCACUGGUCCCCAAGCGGCCGCCAAGUCAGAUGAAGAGCUGGAGACGGAGAGAGAAAAGAUCCAACGAGGCCACAAUGGCAUGCAGAAGGUUUUCCCUCCUCCGGACUUCGAAUACACACGAAGCAAGCUAGCGGAAGUCCACCAGAAAGCUAUCUACGCUGGGCUGGGGGGGAUUGUUCUUCUGGCUGCCAUCUUAUUCGUGCUUCCAAUGCCAUUCGCCAGCCGGUCGUCGUCAAAAUUGUCCGAGAACAGAAGCAGCUGGCUACCGCAGGUUUCUACCAUGCUGACCGUCCCGUUGUUUUUCGGCCUGGCCAUUGUGACCGUCAUCGGCAUGGGACAAUGGGUCAACAAAAGGACCAACGAAAUUUUCGAUGACGAGACUUGGGACGCUGCACGCCGUGAGGAACAGGCUGUUUUGAGCAAUGACGAAGAGCUACCAGAGUCAACCCAGUGGCUCAACAGCCUCAUCUCGGCCAUCUGGCCAUUGAUCAACCCAGACCUGUUCGCUUCCCUCGUCGACCAGAUCGAAGAUGUCAUGCAGGCCUCUUUGCCCAAGGUCAUUAAAAUGGUCGCUGUGGAUGACAUGGGUCAAGGCAGCGAAGCUCUUCGCAUCCUUGGAGUGCGGUGGUUGCCCACCGGUGCGGCAAGUGAAUCUGUGGAUUCCGGUGGAAAACUUCACAAAGGCGACGAGGCCUCGCAAAAUGACCGUACUGAUCCUCAGAACGCACAAGAAGGUGCUGGUGAUCAGGACGGCGAUGGUGGCAAAGCCUCCCAGUCGAACGGAGAGGAUGAUGGAGACUCGAAGCAGCAGGAGCAAGAACAGAUCGAAGUGCGCGAGGGCAUGGAAGCUGAGGAGGGCGACUUCGUCAACGUUGAGCUUGCCCUUGCGUAUCGAAGCCGGUCGUCGGGAAAGUCGGUCAAGUCAAAGGCGAAAAAUGCCCAUCUACUACUGAAGUUCUACCUCCCCAGCGGUGUCGCCAUUCCUGUCUGGGUCGAGCUUCGGGGUCUGAUCAUGACACUGAGAAUGCGGCUGCAGCUAACGCCUGAUCCGCCGUUCAUUUCCCUCUGUACCCUGACCUUCCUCGGACAGCCGAAAGCGAGCAUCUCCUGCGUCCCGCUUUCGAAGCACGCACUCAGCUUGACGGAUGUUCCUCUCAUUUCAUCUUUUGUCAACUCGGCAGUCGAUGCUGCAUUAGCUGAGUACGUUGCGCCGAAGAGCCUUACCCUCAACCUGAAGGACAUGCUUGUCGGCGACGAUUUCAAGAAGGAUACAACCAGCAUUGGUGUCGUCUGGAUCUAUAUCAAGCGCGCCAGAGACUUCAAACAAGGCGACGGUGGCGUUGGUCCGAUGAAAGGCUCGAGCGACGCCUACGUGACAGUUUCUUGGGGUAAGUUCGGCAAGCCAGUUGCCUCAACAAGAGUCGUCGAGGGCCAGAACGAUCCAGGCUGGCACGAGUAUGCCAGUAUCCUAGUGACACCCGAAGAGGUGAAUGCCGGCGAGAAGUUGCGUUUACAACUGUGGGAUUCGGAUAAAUGGAGUGCCGACGACGACCUGGGACGUGUUGAAUUGGACUUGAAGACUCUGAUGAAAGGCUCAGAAACCUGCAACAAGAUUCAAGACCGCGAAGACCGCUUUACCGGUCAGGAUGAGGACGAAAUGAUGCCUGGCUCUCUGUUCUGGUCCGUCGGGUAUUUUGCAAAGACGAGGAUCACCCAAAAACAACUUGAACACCAGAGCGUGAAUGACGAUAUCCGAACUAAGGAUCAACUUAAGGAGCAUGUCUCGGGUACGGCCGAGUAUAAGCUCCGGGAGGCUGGCAAGUCACCCCACGAUGAGGAGAUCAAGCAACAGAAGGCCCAGGACUAUAAGGAAACGGAGGAUUCCAUGAUUAUUUCGGCGCCGCCAAGCGACGAGUUCUUCUCAGGCAUUCUUAGUGUACAGGUUCACAACAUCACCGGCCUCGAGGUCCAGAAGCUGCAGAGACAAGACAAGGGCGAUGGCGGCGACAGCGAGGAUGAAGCCGAGCAAACCGACGACAUGCCUGACAGCUACUGCACCAUUAUCAUGAAUCACAAGAAGAUCUUUAGGACUCGGACGAAGCCUAAGAAUGCGAAGCCCUUCUUCAAUGCUGGCACCGAGCGGUUCGUCAGGGAUUGGCGUAACACAGAGAUUAUCGUCAGUGUUCGGGACGCCCGCGAAAGAGAAGACGACCCCUUGAUCGGAUUGGUCUAUCUUCCCCUCGCAAAGGUUUUUGCAGAAAAGUCUCAGGUUAUGGAGAACUACCCGCUUGUUGGUGGCAUCGGCUAUGGAAGAGCUCGUAUCAGUAUGGUGUGGCGAGGCGUGGAGGCCAAACUCCCUCCGAACCUACGAGGCUGGGAAUAUGGCACCCUUGAGAUCCGAGGUUCCAUCAAGGCCAAGGAAGGUCUACCCAAAAGCCUCACAGAGCACCGGAUUAAAGUGCGGACCAACAUGGGACGUGCCAAGAUGUAUCCUGAAGACGGCCAGUGGAGUGCAAAGGGAAAGAAAGGCCCAGAAGACGUAUUCCUGCCCGUCCGCAAACGGUACUCGUCCGCCAUGGUGAUCGAAUUUCGCGAGUCGACACUCGGGCCCGAUAGGACUCCGGCGUUCGCUGUGCUUUGGUUUCACCAUCUGGUCGAUGAGCAGGACGACACGAAGGUUCUCCAGGUUUGGAAGGGCAGUAAGGAAGGACUACGCAGAGCUGAGAUGUGCGCGGAUUACAACGGCAUGGAGGAGAACGAGCAGACUCUAGGGGAAAUCGAGGUAGGGCUCAAGUUCUGGCGGGGUCUCUCUGGAUAUCAUAAGGGAUAUGCCGCCAAAGCCAAGAACGGAGAUUUGCGACAAGUGAUGGAAUGCUUGGACACCAUCGCAGACGAACAACUUGAUGAGGACGGAUCCGAGGGCGAAGGAGAGGAUUAUGACGACGACGCCAACGAUGAGGCGAUACGAAAGAAGAAGCUCGAGAUGCACACCAAUGACGACUCGACACCGUCCAAUUCUGAUGACGAAGACGACAAUGGCCCGUCUGGGUCGUCCAACUCGUCGAAGCUGUCGCUCUCCAAAGUGAAGGAUAUCUUCCGAAGUCCCGUCGACGGAGGAACCACGGCAGCCACGUCAAUCCUGGCGCCUGGGCACAAUAACCCCGAUGACGGUUCCAGAGGCAUCAGGAGCGAGAUGCGCGACUACAAGGAUCAUCACAAGCAGAUGCAUCGCAAGCACCGUGGCGUUAUGCAAUGGAGAGCUGCUCGGGAGGCCGAUCACCUCGGGGGCAAGCUGACCAGACUGAAGGGCAACAUCAGUGACAUCUUCCACCACAGCGAAAAGGAAACUGGGGUCGAGACUGAGAUCUGA